ACGAAGCUCAUGUUCCGCAGGCGGCCCGCGCAGCGCAGGCUCACGUUGGCGCCAGGAGCCACCACCGGCCCGGGCAGCGCCACCAGCGACGGCCGCGGCAGCUCCUCUGCAGAGACGGGGUGGGUCGCAGCAGGAGGACUAGUCACUCCGGAGCGACUUCUAAGCUGAGACUAAGGAGAUUCCACGCAGGUCCGCAAAGUCAGGCUUGCGCUUGCUCCUGACACCACUUCCUUUACGUCCACGGCUCCAUCUUUGUUCUGCGCGAGUGCGCACGCGCAGGCUCCGAAAGCGGGCCCUCGCACAGAGGGACCACAACUCCCAGAGUGCUCCGCGUCCUGGCUUUCGCCUCUACUUCUGCUCCAGGGCGCACGCGCAGCCCGGGGAGCGGGUUCUCGCGCAUAGGGACCACAACUCCCAGGGUGCUACGCGUCCUCGCCGCUGUCGCCGCCGCCGAGACCAAGAUGGCAGCGAGAGUCGGCGCCUUCCUCAAGAAUGCCUGGGACAAGGAGCCAGUGCUGGUCGUGUCCUUCGUCGUCGGGGGCCUCGCUGUAAUUCUGCCCCCAUUGAGCCCCUACUUCAAGUACUCCGUCAUGAUCAACAAGGCCACGCCCUACAACUACCCAGUGCCCGUCCGUGAUGAUGGGAACAUGCCAGACGUGCCCAGCCACCCCCAGGACCCUCAGGGCCCCAGCCUGGAGUGGCUGAAGAAACUGUGAGCAACUCCACUGACAGAGGCGGCCCCUCCCACGGCUCCCAAUAAAAAUGUGAAAACCAA